UGGAACGUCGCGCUUAUAACGUGAAAUAAUGAAUUUUGUUGUUUUAGAAUAUGGGUGAAUAUGUGCAAUAAUUUAUUAUACUCUGAUGUGCAAAGUGUUGUGUUUUGAUUCUAUUUGUGUAAUUUAAGUGUCAAAAUGGCCUCGGAUAAGAUAAAAGUAGCAGUUCGAGUCCGUCCUUUUAACAGGCGAGAGCUCGAACUUGGUACACAAUGCGUGGUGGAUAUGGAAGCGCAGCAGACUGUUCUGCAGUACCCUCAGUCAGGACACGACAAAGAAAGAAAACAACCAAAGACGUUCGCAUUCGACCAUUGUUUCUUCUCCCUGGAACCAUCUGCACCAAACUUCGCCUCGCAAAAGACAGUCUUCGAAUGUCUCGGCAGGGAUAUAUUGGACAAUGCCUUCGACGGAUACAACGCGUGUAUAUUUGCAUACGGACAGACAGGUUCAGGGAAGUCGUAUACGAUGAUGGGAGCCCCGGGGGCUGAUGAAGGCGGCAUCAUUCCAAGACUAUGUGAUGCUCUAUUCGAAAGGAUUGCAGUUCAACAGUCACCGCCAGCUCUCACUUACAAGGUGGAGGUAUCAUAUAUGGAAAUAUACAACGAGAGGGUCCAUGAUCUUCUAGACCCAGAAACAACGAGGAGAUCCUUGAGGGUGCGAGAGCACGCUGUCCUGGGUCCCUAUGUUGACGGAUUAUCACAACUUGCUGUCACAUCUUAUCACGACAUCGACAACCUAAUGACAGAAGGCAACAAAUCCCGAACGGUUGCGGCAACAAACAUGAACAGUGAAUCGUCCCGGUCACACGCUGUUUUCAGCGUAGUGUUAACGCAGACGCUUUGCGACGCAGCUACAGGAGUCACUGGUGAGAAGGUCGCGCGACUUUCUCUCGUCGACUUGGCUGGAUCAGAGCGUGCAGUCAAAACAGGAGCAGUUGGAGAUAGGCUGAAGGAAGGGUCCAACAUUAAUAAAUCUUUAACUACUCUCGGCCUGGUUAUAUCGAAACUGGCGGACCAGUCAUCCGGUAAGACAAACAAAGAUAAAUUCGUGCCGUACCGAGACUCCGUACUCACAUGGCUAUUGAAAGAUAACCUCGGUGGGAAUAGUAAGACUGUUAUGGUUGCCACAGUGUCACCAGCGGCAGACAACUAUGAGGAAACUUUGUCGACGCUUAGAUACGCAGACCGAGCGAAACGUAUCGUCAACCACGCAGUCGUGAACGAGGAUCCCAACGCGCGCAUCAUUCGGGAACUGCGUCAAGAAGUCGAGGCGCUCAAGGAAAUGCUUAAGCAUGCCACCGGUUCACCUGUCGGAGAAGAUGUACAUGAACAGUUAGCACAAAGCGAGCAUUUAAUGAAAGAAAUGUCCAGAACAUGGGAAGAGAAACUAGUUGAAACCGGGAGAAUACAAAGCGAACGACAGCACGCCUUGGAGAAAAUGGGAAUAAGCGUGCAAGCGAGUGGUAUCAAAGUGGAGAAAAACAAAUAUUACUUAGUCAACUUGAACGCCGAUCCUUCACUCAAUGAACUACUAGUGUAUUAUUUAAAGGAUCGGACUUUGGUUGGAGCAGACAGUUCAGCCGAUAUCCAGCUAUCAGGACUCGGGAUUCAGCGGGAGCAUGGCUUGCUACUGGUCGAAGGCGGCGGUCUCUACAUGGAGCCACUGGGUGCAGCGAGGUGCUUCGUGAAUGGAACACCAGUCGUCUCGAGAGUCAGGCUCGGCCACGCUGACAGGAUACUUUGGGGAAACCAUCAUUUCUUCAGGGUGAAUUGUCCAAAGGCAGCUGCUGCGGCGGCAUCGGAGCCUCAGACGCCUGCGCAGCCGAUCGACUAUAACUUUGCACGCGAUGAGAUAAUGCUCAAUGAGUUGAGUAAUGAUCCUAUACAAACUGCCAUAUCACGCUUAGAAAAACAGCACGAAGAGGACAAACAAGUUGCAUUAGAAAAACAGCGGCAAGAGUACGAGAGGCAGUUCCAACAGCUCAGGAAUAUCCUGUCACCAUCUACACCAUAUCCACCGUACUCUUACGAUCCCUUGAAAUUGGGGAAAAUGUCAGCAUGUACACCAACGACGGCAGCUCGUGUUGAACGCUGGGCAGCUGAACGGGACGAUACCUUCAAAAGGUCGCUAGGCCGCCUCAAAGCUGAUAUCCUUCGCGCCAACGCACUCGUGCAAGAGGCUAACUUUCUGGCGGAGGAGAUGCGACGCAAUACGCGCUUCAGUGUCACUCUUCAGAUACCGCCACAGAACCUAAGCCCCAAUAGAAAGCGCGGUGCAUUCGUAUCGGAGCCGGCCAUCAUGGUACGACGGCCAGGCCGCGGCGGCCAGGUGUGGUCCAUGGAGAAGCUCGACAACAAGCUGGUUGACAUGCGCGACAUGUACGAUGACUGGCGCCGCACACGCACGCCAGGCGACGACGAAGACCCAGAGGAACCCAGCGAAAAAGCUCUGGAUCCCUUCUAUGAGUCCCAGGAGAAUCACAACUUGAUCGGCGUGGCCAACGUAUUCCUGGAAGCACUCUUCCAUGAUGUCACACUGGAUUAUCACACGCCUAUCAUUAGUCAACAGGGAGAAGUCGCUGGACGAUUGCAGGUGGAGCUUAGUCGUGUGGGUGGACAAUUUCCUCAAGACAGAAUUUGCGAAGCCGCUUCGGACAGCUCGGGAGAUAUGAGAGACGAUGAUGAUCCUGCAGAUCCAACCUCACAACAGGUGGGCGUGCGCGUGGUGAUCAAGCAGGCGACGGGCCUGCCGCCGUCGCUGUCGCACUUCGUGUUCUGCCAGUACUCGGUGUGGGGCGGCGGCGAGCCGGUGGUGGUCCCGCCGCACGUGGCCGCCGACACGCCCCCGCCCGCGCCCGUGCCGCCGCUGUCGCCGCGACACCAGCCGCAGGUCACCUUCCGGUUCGACCACCGACACGACUUCACGGUGCCCCUCACGGAGGAGUUCAUCGAACAUUGUGCCGAGGGCGCGCUGUCUAUCGAAGUGUGGGGCCAUCGAUCGGCCGGGUUCAGCCGCGCGCGCGGCAACUGGGAGGUGGAGCAGCAACAGCUGGCGAAGGCUCGCUCGCUGGCCGACCGCUGGGCCGAGCUCACGCGCAAGAUACAGCUCUGGGUCGAGAUACACGAACUCAACGACCAGGGCGAGUACGCACCCGUCGAGGUGUUACAACGCAACGACAUGGUAACUGGCGGCGUGUACCAGCUGCGCCAGGGACAGCAGCGGCGGCUGGCGGUGCGCGUGCGGCCCGCACACAACUCCGGCACGCUGCCCAUCAUAUGCCAGCACAUCGUCAGCGUCGAGGUCGGCUCCGUCACUGUCAGGUCGCGACUGCAAAAACCGUUAGAUUCAUAUCAAGAAGAAGACUUAGCUGUUUUGCGCGAAAGGUGGAGCGAUGCGCUUGCACGCAGGCGGCAGCAUUUACAUGCUCAGUUACAGAAACUAGUGAACAUGUCGCCGUCAAUGAAGAGUGAACGUGAUAUGGAGAGGGAGCAGUCCCUCGUCGAGCAAUGGGUCUCCCUAACUGAGGAGAGAAAUGCCGUGCUAGUACCAAGUCCAGGCAGUCCCAUCCCAGGCGCACCGGCUGCCUGGAAUCCGCCGGCCGGUAUGGAGCAGCAUAUACCGGUGCUCUUCCUAGACCUAAACGCUGAUGACCUAACAACACACCCAUCUGGCGAAGAGGUGACAGUGGCUGGAUUGCAUUCCAUCUUACCCAAAGAGCAUGGGAACAAGUUCUACGAGCUACAAAUACUGCACCAUCACGAGAAGGAUGUAUCAGCUAUCGUAUCAUGGGACUCAUCCAUACACGACUCACAGUACCUAAACCGGAUGACAGAAGCCAACGAACGCGUGUACCUGAUAUUGAAGGUAACGGUGAGGCUUUCACACCCCGCCCCCAUGGAUCUCAUACUUAGGAAACGAUUAGGAUUAAACAUUUACAAACGACAGAGCUUCACUGACAGGAUACGGAAGAAAAUUGUAAGGACUGACCAAUUGACACAAACUGGUGUGACGUACGAAGUGGUAUCGAACAUUCCCAAGGCUUCGGAGGAAUUGGAAGAGAGGGAGAGUCUGGCGCAAAUCGCCGCCACCGGGGAGGAGGCUAGUGCUGCUGACGGGGAGACAUAUAUUGAAAAGUACACUCGAGGCGUCAGCGCGGUGGAGAGUAUCCUUACUUUGGACCGGCUGCGGCAGAGCGUCGCCGUUAAGGAGUUGGAGCAGGCGCGUGGGCAACCCAUCACUAUGCGGAAGACUGCCUCCGUACCCAACUUCUCACAGAUUAUGCGACUGGACUCAUCUUACGAGUCUCUGGCGAGUCUCGCUGGGGGCCGCUCGGGUAGCGUGGCGGAUCUCGCAGACGAAACACCACGCCGUACUGCGCACUCGGUGCAUCGACAUUCUUACGCGGCGCCCGCGCACAACGACCCGGAUAUACCAACUCCUACCAAACCGUUUGGACUCGCGCGGCCAACGUUCCUAAACUUGAAUCUGAACCUCAACUCACUGCGACUGCAGACACCAAACAAGUCCUCCCCAGCGAGUGGUAAGCUCGGCCUUCGUAUGACAACGCUGCAUGAAGAGCCAGGCCGGAGGAACGACGAUGAUUCCCAUUCUGAGCCCGAAUCUGCACCUGCAGAUGAACUGACUACACCGCGAUCACAUCGUACCCGUAGUCGAGCAACGUCUCGAGGUUUUCUGCCAACUUCAAAGACGUUGGACUCGUUACACGAGCUAGCCUGCGAACGGGUGCCCAAUAAAAACUCGCCCUCUAUAUCAUCCAGUGGUUAUGGGUCCCAAGCAGUGUCGUCUACAAACCUCACCAACGACGAUACGCUCUCAAUCCGAAGCAUGUCAGUCGAUGACACUCCAGACUUCGAUAAAGCCGUCGACUACACGCAGCUGAGCAGAACAAAAAACUCCAUGGCAGGAUUAAGGAACGAGAUCACCGAACUCCGGAACGACAUAUCUGAACUGAAGAACGAGAUAGUCGAAUCUAAAAACGAGUUGGAAGAUACGACAUACGAGAAGGCGAAAACUCCAGUACUCACACCCGGCUCAAGGAACAGGAUUAAUCCGUUUUUAAGGGACUGUGAAGAGGCCGUGGAAGCCAGUGAACAUAAGGAGCAGAUGUUGGACCCGCUUGGGGCAAUUCCGGUUGAGAGCCACACAGUCAUGUCUAGUCAGAAUAAGAAUGUCGAGACUGUGCAACUUAAUGGGGAUACCGUGCACGACACUUCUUUUGCCGAGGCCGAAGUCGAGUCAGUAAGCUCUGAACACUCGAGCCAUGAACAGUCGAGCGCGGAACGUAGCCGCGAGACUUCCUCGUUGGGUGAAAGCGACUCUGCCUCCACCGGACCUGACAAUACUGUCGUCAAGACACAGCUACCCGCAGGAAAAGUGGUUCGUCGGCGUGCGGGCGGCAGUAGUGCACGAGCUGCGGCACGAUCAUCGUUUCCUUCAGCGCGUCCUCGCUCAGCCACCGAAGCUCAGUUGCACGAUCAAUCAGCCUCUCGCCAGCUGCGGGAUACGCCCGCAUCUUCCAGCGAGCGGAUCGGAGAUGAGUGUGGGUCGGAAGGCGGGCGCGGGAAUAACGGCGGCGGUGGCGUGGUGCCCGAGUGGCUGUGUGUGGGCGAGAGCGUGCAGCUGCGGCUCUCGAGCAGCACGGGCGUGGUCGCCUACCUGGGACCCACGCACUUUGCCACCGGCACUUGGGUCGGCGUCGCACUUGACGCCCCCACGGGCAAAAACGACGGGUCGGUGGGUGGAACCCGAUACUUCACGUGCAGCGCCCGACACGGCAUCUUCGUGCGAGCUGACAAGCUCGCGCCCGACCGUCGCGGCCGCAGCGCGCGGGCAUACCGCGAUGCUGAGCUCAAGCGAGCCGCCAACGGUGAAGGCUUACAAAACCUACACAGAUCGAGAAGUCGUGGCGAGAGCAUAAACGCUAUAGGUACCAAAACUAGGAACAAAUAAAUAUAUCUACACUCUACCUUUAGUUCGCUCGGUACGUCAACUUAUCUACUGUAGGUAUAUAUAGAUCGGCAUACACCGUUCAAGUACUGUCAACUCAUCGCAUCGUUCCGUUUGUACGGAUAAAGCCAGCUAUGUACGGACCGAAUUUAUAUAAACGUCCACAUGUUUCCGUACGACUUGUAUAGUUAACAUGUUUUUUGUUGCAGUCGUGUUACGCGUAUGGUGCUUUAUAUGUAUUGUAGGUGUUCAUUUCGUCUAUAAAAUUUCCACAUGGGUAAAGCAAUAUGAUUAUGCCUUUGUUAAAUAAUUCCAAGUACUCGUUAUUUAAGGCCGGGGGUAUUGUUGAGGGAAAUCCGAUUGUCUCGCUUUUAUUGUCAGGAGCAAUAACAUGACGACGGCGAUCGAGUGUUUCCAUACGUUCGCUAAUGUUAGACGUACAUUUAAUUAUUAUUUUAUACUUAAGUAUUUAAAUUUUACGUGAAUAUUGACUAUAUUAUUAUUAGACGUGUAAAUAAAUAUAUUUGGAAUUUGUGAUCAUUAAUUUUUAUAUCAUUUAAUUUUGAUGUAAAUAUGUGAUUUUCGUGUGUGUAUUAUUAAUUAUUUAAUUUAAUAAUUUAGAACCAAUGAAAUUUUUGUGAUCGAUCAUGAUAAGAUUCGAUGGAUUAUUUGUAUAGACAUUUUUUACUGUAUAGUUUGUGGUAUAGAUUAUGCUGUCGUAAAUUAUUUAUAUAUUUUAACUCAUUGACUUGCUUUCUUAUCUAGUAUGAGAUCCCAACAGAUUUAUAUUCCCCAUGUGGUUUAUAAAAUUUGUGGCUCAAAAUGUUUCGUCACACGCUGCACUAUUUUAUCAUAAUCACUUUCAACCCUAAUUAUACCUAACAUAAUAGCGAAUUCCGAUUGCUCAGAAACCUUUUGUGUUUUACACACAGUAGCCAGAUUUAAUGUGAUAUAACCUUUUCUUGCCACGGGUUAGUAGUUAUAAUUUUAUUUCCGCCGCUUUGGCUGGCUUUUCUUUCAAUGUAACUCAAUUAGAAAUAUACGAAAUCGUCCAAAGUUACAUCUUCGUCCUUUAUAAGACUUGUACUUAGUACACUAUACCAUUUGACGGAUCAACCGAUGCCCGUAAGAUUCAUUCCGUUUGGCGCAAUCAAUAAGCGGAUGCGGUACAUUUGUACAUAAAUAUCUGGUGUAUGAAACGCUUUAGUUUCACUAAGCAAUUUUUUUCGACUUCCAAUAUUUUCUACUUAAUCGCUACGUUGGAUUUUAAGAAAGCGAUCCGCUUGUCGUUUGCGUCAUAAUCUAUUAGGUUGUGUCCGUAGCUAAUAUUUUAUGUAAAAAUGUAUAAGUAGUGAGAUCAGAAGAACGUUAAAUACAUUUGACUAUUGAAUUGUCCUCGAUUUAUCUCCAUCCACGUACGAACAAUAAUCGACAGUCUGUUUGUGAAUUAGCAAAAUCGACGUCUAUUGUUAACAAUGUUUAAUUGAUAUGAAAAUUGUGGUAGGUAUUUGAAAUAUUGACUAAAUUUGGUAUAAAUAAUAUCAAUCCUUAUAGCGACGUAGUACGCGUGUUAUAGUUAUAUGGGAUGUCCACAGUAAUGCUCCGAUAUCGGAGUAAUAGGUUAUAGAUCACCUAAUGUAUAUUCCAUCCUUUUAGUAAAGUAAUCGUUCAUAAGUACAUUAAACAAGUACACAAAUAGAGUAAACGCCUCGUUAUCUAUUAGUAUUUGUAAGUUCCACUGUCAGCGUUCAUUAUAACCCGCCACCUGCCUCCAUUCCAAUAAGCAUAUGUAUAUUAACAUGUACAUUGUAAGUAUCUAACUUAAUAAUACAGAAAAUGUUAUCAAAAAUAUUAAAUCAGCUAUCUUAAUGCACUCGAGAAUUAAAUGCCAAUUUAUUGAGGUCGCGGCUACACUUCAAUCGAUUCGGCCAGUUUUAGAGAAAUAGUUUCAGUUCAAUCUAGCUGUAUGUCUAGAUGUGUUCCUUUGCUUUCUU